GUUUGUAGUUUAUCCCAAUCGAAUUAAGCUUUUUAAAAAUCAAGAUAGUCUUGAAGAAAUGGCCGGAUUAGAACAGCGGAAGCUUCCAAAAGCACCCAGAAAGGCGAAGAGUAGCCUAGACUCCACUCUGGCGAAAAUGCCCUCCUCUAAGAAGUGGGAAAAGAAAAUGAAGGAAAGGGAUCGAAAGCAGCGGUUGAGUAAACUUUCAAGCCAACUCCGUGAUGAAAUAAAUGCUGAACAGAAGCGCGCAGCGGAAUCUCGCAAGGCAAAUGAGCUACGUAAGCAAGAAAAUGAGAGGAAGAAUAUGGUAGUCCAGACAAUCAAAAACGACCGCAAGGUGAAGAAACUUAGUCCCAAGCACCGGCGUGCAGCCCGUAUUUUUAUGCUUCAUGAACUUUAAAAUACCUGCUUGUGCUUCCCUGUAAAGGUUUUGGAUUUGAUUUUCUUCUAAUUUUCGGUUAACUAUUUUAGGCCAUUUUAUUGGCAUUAAUGAGUAAGAAAAAUAAAA